UGUCGCACCUCCCCUCCCCUGAAGCGCAAACCAGGGCUGCUUCCUGACCCUACCGGAGCGCGAUGAGAUCCUAGUGCGACACCAAGCCCCUGGAAUUGAACCGGACGUUCAAAGGCAGGGCCCUGCCCCUAGGGGUUGCAGCCUCGGCCUCCUGCUCCUACUGCAGCCGUCUGUCUGUUGGGACAAUUCAACAGUCAGCCUUUAGACACUUCUUUGCAGAUCUUGAUGUGGAAGACAUGGAGGGCUCAGAACCAAGGAUUUCCAAGUGAUUUCUGCCAAAGCACAGAAACUAACUCAGUUAAGGCUGGCGUGUUCUAAAUGAGAUGACAGUCAUGUCCCUCUGCAGGGACCUCAAGGACGACUUUCACAGUGACACUGUGCUCUCCAUCUUAAAUGAGCAGCGCAUUCGGGGCAUCUUAUGUGAUGUCACCAUCAUCGUGGAAGACACCAAGUUUAAAGCCCACAGCAAUGUGCUGGCCGCCUCAAGCCUUUAUUUCAAAAACAUUUUUUGGAGUCAUGCGAUCUGCAUUUCCAGUCACGUCCUGGAGCUGGAUGAUCUGAAAGCCGAAGUAUUUACAGAAAUACUCAAUUAUAUCUAUAGCUCCACCGUUGUGGUCAAGAGACAGGAAACCGUCACUGAUCUUGCAGCUGCAGGGAAAAAGCUGGGAAUAUCAUUCUUAGAAGACCUUAGUGACCGCAACUUCUCAAAUUCCCCAGGUCCUUACGUAGUCUGCAUUACUGAAAAGGGCGUGGUUAAAGAAGAAAAAAAUGAGAAAAGGCACGAAGAACCAGCUGUCACUAAUGGGCCAAGGAUCACAAACGCAUUUUCCAUCAUUGAAACGGAAAAUAGUAAUAACAUGUUUUCUCCCCUGGACUUGAGAGCAAGCUUCAAAAAAGUGUCUGAUUCCAUGAGAACAGCCAGCCUUUGCCAGGAGAGGACCAGUGUCUGCCAUGAGGCAGAGCCUGUCCGCACGCUUGCCGAGCACUCAUAUGCCGUUUCUUCCAUCACUGAGGCUUAUAGGAGUCAGCCUCUGAGGGAACAUGAGAGCAGUUCAUCUGGUAAAACGGGAAAGGAAAAUGAAGCUCUUGCCACAAAAGCAAAGUCAUGCCGAAAGCCAAAGACCCAGACCCAGGAUUCUGACUCAACCACAGAAAAUAUGCCACUCCCUCUAGUAACCUGCCCAGAGGUGAAUCAAGAAAGAAGCCCACAGCCAGCUCCAAUUCUGUCACACUCAGAACCUCCCAGCAAUGAAGGAGAUGUCCAUUUUCCUAGGGAAGAUGAAAAACAACCCUCUGAUACUCCUGGUCCACCAGCAGCAGAGGUCCCACCCCUCAUUUAUAAUUGCAGCUGCUGUUCCAAAUCCUUUGACAGCAGCACACUGCUCAGUGCCCACAUGCAGCUCCACAAGCCAACCCAGGAGCCUUUUGUGUGUAAGUACUGCAACAAGCAGUUCACUACUCUGAACAGACUGGACCGGCACGAGCAGAUCUGCAUGAGGUCUAGCCACAUGCCCAUCCCAGGAGGAAACCAACCAUUCUUGGAAAACUACCCCACUAUUGGACAAGAUGGAAGUUCCUUCACAACCCCAGAAUCAUUAGUACCAGAAAAUAGAAUUGGCGAGCUGUCCGGCGCUGGGAGUGCCUUGUCAGACACGGACCACGUGCUGAAGUUUGUGAACGGGCAGAUGCUCUACAGCUGCAUUGUGUGCAAACGUAGUUAUGUGACUUUGUCCAGCCUCCGGAGGCAUGCAAAUGUCCACUCGUGGAGAAGAACGUACCCUUGCCAUUACUGCAACAAGGUGUUUGCGCUGGCUGAGUACAGGACGAGACAUGAGAUCUGGCACACGGGGGAGAGGCGGUACCAGUGCAUUUUCUGUCUUGAGACUUUUAUGACCUACUACAUACUAAAAAACCAUCAGAAGUCUUUUCAUGCCAUAGAUCACAGACUCUCCAUCAAUAAAAAAACAGCAAACGGAGGCUUGAAGCCUACUGUCUAUCCAUACAAACUUUAUAGGCUCUUGCCUAUGAGAUGUAAGAGGGCACCUUAUAAGAGCUACCGGAACUCUUCCUAUGUAAGUGCUCAAGGAAACAGUCAACGGGGUGAAUCUGUACCUGAUACAUUCAUCGUUCCAAAUCUGCAAAGCUCUGAAAUGCCCACACUGGACUUCCAAGAUGGCAGAAACACAUUGACCAGCAGCCCUGCCAUCCCAGUGGAAAUACCUUCACUGCAGGACACACCCACUUCUGCCAAAGUAAAAAAUGCAGAAGGUUUCAAAUGGAGGAAGCAGAAAACCAAUCUCGUCGAUAACUUCAAUUCAACUGAGGUGUCAGUUUCUUCCACUGGAAACACCGUUGGCACCACCCUACAGGAAGAGCCCGCAUGUGUUUCAUCUUUGGGCAAGAGCAGUGAGCACUCAGCCUCUGUGAUCAGCUACAGCGGCUCGGUGCCCUCAGUCAUUGUGCACAGCAGCCAGUUCUCGUCAGUGAUCAAGCACAGCAAUGCCAUCACUAGCCUGACCGACAACAACCACAAGUCCCCUUCACAACCGGUGGUCAGUCCGACCCUGAUCAAGGAUAGCAAGCCUGAGGCAGAGAAAGCCAGUAAACUUGCCAGCAGACCCAAAAGCAUUAAGGAGAAAAAGAAAGCUGUUCCAUGUAACAGGGGAGAAAUAACAGAGGAGGCAAAAUACGUUGCUGAUCAUGGAGGAUCUUCAGGCAAAACCACAAAUGUCGAAGAAACCAGUAAGAUCGAAACUUAUAUCGCAAAACCUGCUCUGCCCGGUACCUCCACAAAUAGCAAUGUUGCACCCCUUUGCCAAAUAACAGUGAAAAUUGGGAACGAAGCCAUUGUGAAAAGGCAUAUCCUUGGGUCUAAGCUGUUUUACAAAAGAGGGAGAAAACCCAAGUAUCAAAUGCAGGAGGAGACGUUACCUCGGGAGAGUGACCCAGAAACCCAUGGAGACAGCCCCCUUGGGCUGUGCCAGGCUGAGUGUGUAGAGAUGAGUGAAGCAUUUGAUGAAGUGAGUGACCAGGACACCACUGAUAAGCCGUGGCGCCCAUACUACAAUUACAAGCCCAAGAAGAAAUCCAAACAGUUGAGAAAAAUGAGGAAAGUCAAGUGGAGGAAGGAGCGUGGGAGCAGAAGCCCCAUCAGCCGGUGCAGGUACCCAGCUGAACUGGAUCGCGCAGAGGUGAAACUGCCCCCGGAUAAGGCCUUCGAAGAAGAGGAGAAUAAAGAGAUGCCCAAGCUGCAGUGUGAGCUCUGUGAUGGUGACAAAGCAGCAGGGGCGGGAGCCGAAGGCAAGCCCCACCAGCAUCUCACUUUGAAGCCUUACAUCUGCGAGCUCUGUGCAAAGCAGUUCCAGAGCUCCUCCACGCUCAAAAUGCACAUGAGAUGCCAUACUGGAGAGAAGCCGUACCAAUGCAAGACCUGUGGGCGGUGCUUCUCAAUGCAGGGGAACCUACAGAAGCACGAGCGCAUCCACCUGGGCGUGAAGGAGUUCAUCUGUCAAUAUUGUAACAAGGCAUUUACACUGAACGAGACGCUCAAGAUCCACGAAAGAAUCCACACAGGGGAGAAGCGCUACUACUGUCAGUUCUGUUUCCAGGGUUUCUUAUAUCUCUCCACAAAAAGGAACCACGAGCGGAGGCAUGUUCGGGAGCAUGAUGGGAAAGGCUUUGCUUGCUUCCAGUGCCCCAAAAUAUGCAAAACAGCUGCUGCCCUCAGAAUGCACCAAAAGAAACACUUAUUCAAGACCUUAACUAAGCAAGAGGAAACAGGUGACGUGUGCCAUGAAAACUCCGAUCUCUUGGAGAGGCAACUUUGCACUGAUUCGGAAGACAGCGACCAAAAGGAUGACAUAAAAACAUUUGCAGAAAAUGUUUUUUGAGUAACAACAACAGUUAGAAAAGUCUUCGAAAUUGUUUGUGAUUUUUUUUAAGUUUUUUAGUAUUUUUAAGCUUAGUUUUGUCCACAUAAUAGUCACAAAGGAUGAGGGGUGUUAAUUUUCAUUUGUGUAAACUCAAAAAAAGAAAAAAGGAUCCUAACAACUAUUUUGGGUUUUAUCAUUCACUUCACACAGAAUGCAUAAAACCAAAAUAGCUGAAUCCUCUAACAACCCGAGUAUUUUGUGAAGGCUAAUGAAGUUCUUAGCUGUGGGAUUUUGAACAGUGAAAACAGCAGCUGAAUUUUAGCCUAAUUUAAACCUUUCUCACAAGCACUAAUGAGGUCUGCUGAACUGUUGCUAGUCACUGGAGAGAGUAAGGGUCAGGAUCACAGUAAACGAGCUAUGACAGUAUUUAUUGCCAUUGAGUUUCUGCACUAUUAAUCUUUGGUAAACUAAUGAGUAUUUACAAAAUACUUAACAAUAUAAUUGAAAUACGUAAUAGAUAACCUAAAGUAGGACAUUCAGAUAUCAUCUAGAAAUACUUUUCUGCAACAUAAACCUUGUAAAAUACAUAUAUGAAUCACUAUAACUUUUAGCUGUCUAUAUGUCCCUUGUAGAGAAUCAUAAUGAGCAAUAGACCUCAGAGAAUGAGGACUGCUGUAGAAAUCAGUAAAGCAUUUGGAUCUGACUGACGAGCAUGCGUGUGCUUCCCAAUGGAAUGCUGUGCUGUUCUCUUGAAGUAUGGCUGAGCUGUUAUUAGAACUGGUCCACUCAAGUCACACAGAACAUAGGUCAUGCCUUAUCUACGGGGAAAGCCUUCCCAGACUUACCUGAAAUUAUCUAUGCUGUAUAAUCCUCUGCUGUGGCCUCACCUCAGAGAAUGAAGAAUGGUCAAAUUCUUCAGAACUCUCUGCAGUCUUCCAGUCAUCCCAGGGCCAUGGAUGUUGGGGGCUAUCCCACCCAGACUUAAGGGGUCAGAUAAUCCUGACCCCUCCCAUCCCACUGAAGCAGCAUGCAUGAGGCUGAGGGCAAGACACACCUCUUUGGUAAUCAAAUCUCAGGCACCUGGAAAUGGCAGAAAGCCUGAUUCCUCAAUUUUACACCUUCUUGGAGAUAAUGCAGCCCACAGGUACUUAGUAGUUAAAAGGACAGCAGACUCCCCUCCCCACUGAUGAGGAUAAGGGGACCUGAUGACCUUCUUUGCCUCUGACGGCAGCAUUGUUUUUGAGGGAUGGGGAGAUAGUAUGUGGAAGGAACAGGGCUCUGCCCCUUACAGACAGGACUCGGAGCAUCCACCAAGCCAGAUGCUCUGUCUUCAUGUUUGCAGACAUGAGAUCCCUGCUAAAGCCCCACUUACAUUUCUAAAUCAUUUUUUACAUUAAUGCAGACCGCCAACAUUGCCCUCAAAAGUCUAGUUGCCCAACAAGUAUUUUUUUUUUCAUCCUGGAAAGCUGGAACUCAUAAGAUUCUUACUGUUAAAACUGCCAGAAUAGGAAGGAGGGAGAGCACAGCCUGCCCUUCCAGCACCAGGAUGGGCAAAAUUCACAACAGUUCAAGCAGCCAUUCCUGUUCGUUGGAUUUAGUAAUGGAAAGCCAAGGCUGGACAAUUAUCAGAGGACUCCAGUUUCUCACACCAGAUGUUGUGUUAUCUCCACGAAGAAGGCUUAGUGUGGUUUGGGGUAAGCAAGAAAACAUUUAAACCUCCAGGAAAAAAAAGGACAUGAUUCAAGGUGACCUUUUAUACUGUAGCACUUUGCUGUUAGCCCCAGUAUGUAUCUGCAUUUAUCAUUUGUUCAUCUACUUUCACCUACAUACAGUAUUAUAUACUAGAGGAAGCGGGGGAACUGCAAGCAAGUUGAGCUUUGUUUUGUCUGUUGUAUAUAUGUACACCCACACCAUUUGAGUUUUGUUGAGAUAGUCACAAAGGGCUUAUGAAAAUCACUUUUGAAUUAAUAACUAGAUGACAAGCAAUCCUGUGAGCCACUAAUUUGUUUUAUAUUGGUUAUGACUAUAUGAGACAAUUAUGGAUUUAAGUUGUUUUGAUUUAACUACAAAUAAAAUUAUAUGUAUUGGUGUCUCCCGGCCCUUAUAUGUGUAUAUUUUUUAAGUGGACUUGUAUGCUGAUAAUUCUAGACCAAAGUAAAUAUGGCAGAAUAUUUAUACCUACAAAUAAUUUUGCAAAUAUUUUCUAUAAUUGUAUUAUUCGUUUAAAAUGUUGAUAGCUUGUGUUAGUUUCAGGGAGGGGGGGUGUAUAUUUUGAUAAAAUACUUGACUUUGUAAUUCUGUAUAUUCUAUUACAAUUUAUAGAAGAGCCAUUUUAAGACAACUGGUUCCUUUUGUUGUUGUUGAUUGUGUAAAUGUUAUGAGUGGUGUUUAAGUUUGCAUCAAGUACAUAACGACCAAGUAGAAUUGAAGUGUAAGCAGUGAACCUACUGUAUGCCGGACAAGAUAUAUUGUAACUUGCUGUUUUAGCAUCUGUAUUUUGGUUAGGAAAUAUGAUUAAAUGCAGAUGUUAAGGGUUGGAAAGGUCUAAUUUUAUUUUUAGAAAUAAUAAAUAUAAAUUUGUUUUGCUUGAUUAAAAUAGCUUAUUCAUAUUAA